UUCCUCUCACGUGCCCUCUUGCCCUCUCUGUUCUGCCAGCUCCUUGGUUCAUAACCUCUAGUGGGUAAAAGGCACUGUUCCGAGAGCAAACAAGCUAACUUUAGGAACAAGCAAGCAAGUGAGUGGCCCCUCUACCAAAGUCGAUGAAAAAGAAGACAUAAGGAAAUCCACGCGCCAUCGUUCUCCGGGUGCUGUCGGGCGCUGCUGCCGGUAGCCGUUGUCGGGGGCUUUCUACCUAGAGCUCCUGUUUAUAGCGGCCACGCGCAUUGAAGCUCUUCGCCCGGCACUCCAUCGAGCACAUCUGCUAGAAGCGACAAAAUCUCGAGCAUGGAGAACAGCAGUGAGCCUGAGUACGAAAGCCCGCCGGGCUCGGACCCCGGUAGUGAUUCGGAAGGCUACAACACCAACAUCACAGCUGCUACAAUCGCUGUACCUGACUACGCUGGCCCCAUCUCAGCCGAACCCAAUGGACAGCUGGUGCCUGUAGGAGCGGACCAGCGGAACCAGAACGAGGACAGCUCAGUUUCAGACCCUGGACCGCCGUCCGAGGUGGAUGCCUUGAAUGCCCGCAACUUCCUCGUGGAGGAGACCCUGCUGUCGGCGCUCACUUACCAGCCUCGGCCCAGCGAUGUCUUCACCGUCAGCUACCCCAAGUGUGGCUCGGCGCUUCUGAACUUCCUGGUGUUCGGUAUCUUGAACCGCGGCCAACCGAGCAAUGACUUUGCGGAGUUCGUGUCCCGCUCUCCGUAUCUCGAGUGGAUGGGCAUCAAGUCGGUGCUGGAGAUGCGCAGGCCAGGCACGAUCAAGACUCACCUGCCUUUCGACAAACAGCCGUACAGCCCGCAGGCCAAGUACAUCUACAUGGCUAGGAAUCCUUUUGACUGCUGCGCCGCCUACUACAUGCACAUGAAGAACAUGCCCCUGGCCCGUCCCGAGGCAGCCAGCUUCGACGCAUUCUUCGACGCCUUUAUCGAGGGAAAGGUCAUUUACGGCGACUUCUUUGACCACAUCCUCUCCUGGUACGAGCGAAGACACGACCAGAACGUGCUCUUCAUCACCUACGAGGAUGUCAAGAGUGACCCAGGGGCUUGGACCAUCCGCAUCGCCGAUUUCAUCGACCAGCUCUUCGCCAGGGAACUUCGUGACGAUCCCGCUCUUCUCUCGAACGUGUUGAAAAUCGCCAGCGCCAACAGCAUGACCACUACGUGCAACCAGGGAAUGCGAUCAAUACUGGCCGAUGAACUAGCUAUGGCUGUCGGGAGAGAACCCAUAGCUCCUGCAGAGUUCUACAAGAGCGUAUUUGCGGAGGCGCUGGAGAUUGCCGAGGGCUCCGACUUUACGCGGAAGCCAAUCUGUGGCAGGUGGAAGGAGCUCUUCAAGCCGGAGCAAGUGCAAAGAAUGAAGGAGUGGAUUGCCCAGAAGACGGCUGGAAGUGACGUGCUCAGCAUCUGGAGCAACAGCGAGCUGCCUUGAGUGAAUCUAGGCUAGCUUUAACACGAAAAAAAUUACGUCGUUGGAAAUUUCAAAUCAUGGAAUUGUUUGAACUGAGGGCCGAAACCAUGACUGGGCGGGUGCACGUUGACGAAAAGUUCUGGGGAGAAAGAAAAUUAUUGAGAUGCCUUUUGUAUUUUAAAUAAACAUCUUGCUGCUGAA